AUGAAGCAAAUGCAGAGGCAGUCAGCUUGGGCAGAGCAGGGAGUGAUCGACAAGUAUCUGUUCAGUGACAGCUGCACUGUCCGACUAGUCGUCGUCAUCUUCAAACUCCUUGGACUGGCGCCGAUAUCAGUGGAGAGUCCCAGAUCGCUCAGAACUAGCACUCAGAAUUCGACGCAAGGGUUGAUGUUCAAAAGAUGUGUCAGCGGGAUAGUCUACACCUACAUCUUGGUCGUUAUUGUCUUCGCUGCCAGCAUCAUCACAGUUCCGUUGAUCAAUAGCGAGACACUUCAUAGUGAUGGAGACCUGUUGGAGACCUUCGAAGCAGUGAAAGGAGUCUUCGGGUUAAUCGUAGUGCUCGUGAUAUGGCUGAUCGUGGCUUUCCGAUACAAAAAGGUUCUGAAAAUUCUGAACAAAAUAGUGGAGAUGGACAACGAGAUGUUGAUGCUGCAAGAUCUCUACUAUUUGGAGACCUCAAAACGGCGGAUUCUCGUAAUGUUCGGGGGGAACAGCAUCAUGUGGGUCGUCAUAUUCGUCCUCGAGAUUCUGUCAGUCCCCGAUUGGUGGAAGAUAUGGACCCCGCUGCUGCUGCCCAGCUUUGUCAUGAACUGGUACAUCAUGCAGUACAUACUGAUGCUCGUGAUGAUAGAGAACAGAUUUGUGAGUGUGAAUCGGGGAUUUAUCAUGAUCUCGAACAGCAGAAUUGAGACGUUCUUCCACGCAGACGUGAGACCUGCUGACGUGUCCGAGCGAGUUAUUGUAAAUAAUUUCAUGACACUGAGGCGAGCUCACGCCGUCUUGUCCGGCAUAUGCCGGGACAUAUCGGAUUAUUACUCCUUUCCCAUUCUUCCGACAGUAACUUUCUUCUGUGGGGCUUCUAUCUAUCAUUCCUAUUACAUCAUUGUGCCACUAGUUGCGAAGACCCGUCAGCGGUCGAUAUUAGAGAGCACGAAUAUGGUGUGCUGGCUGAUGAUGCAAGUGCUACCGGUUGUUGUGCUCUCGGUGUGCGUCACUCGGGUUCUUAAUCAGAUGGGGAUGACUGGUGGGACUGUCUACAAAGUUAUAGCCCGAUCUAUACUGAAUUAUGUUGCCAAAGAUGAGCUGAAGAAGUUUUCGUUCGAAUUGUUGCAUAAAAAUGUUCAGUUCACUGCGUACGAUAUAUUCUCACUUGAUUGUACUCUGAUUCAAUCGAUAUUCGGAAUGUUGGCGACGUAUUUAAUCAUCCUCAUGCAAUUUCAAUUGAGUCAUACAAGCCAACGGGAUUACAAGUAUGCUACCUCCUCACCAGAGACGUCGAGCCAGUGA